CUGGGGAGCCCCUGCAUGGGAAAAACUCCCCACUGAAUGGUUUGCAGGCUUUUGCUGUUUAAAUCACCCCUUGCACAUGGGGUGUACUGCUUUUAGUGAGUCCAUCUCCUGCUGCCCCAUUCCCUGAAGAGUUAAACCAUGAUUUAAGCUUUUUCUGAGAAAAUGGUGAAAGAAUUCCCACCCUGGAUUCCAGACAAGUGACUCCAGGAGCUGUACCACUGCCUCUCCCCUUCCUGCACCAGCCAUGGCCAAGAUGGGGUUAAAUCCAAAAGGGCAAGGAAGCCCAGUGGCCCCAGUGCAGGUAAAGGCUCUGCCCCACACAGGCAUUUUUAAAGGUAUAUCUUCUGUUCAAGAGGAGUCGAUGAGAGCAAAGCCUGCCUGCAGAACAAUUUAAAAAAUCCCCUUUUGCAGGACUCGGAAAAUGAUUGGAGGAAAAGCUCCAACAAGCAGUACAGAUAAGAAAUGUAGGUGAAAUGGUGAUUGCCACAUCUGCACAGCAUGCCUGACCUUUGUAUUCCCUGUAGCUACUAAAUUUUCCUGACUAACAUGAUUCCAGUCCUUUUCUUCACACCAUUUUCGGUGCUUCAUGUAGGACUGUCCUCCUGCCAGGCCAGAAUACAGACCCCCUGGGACCAGGGCACACCAGUCUGCAGCUCUCAUCUGCAUACACUGGCACUGCAAGGUUUCUUCCCCAGAGUUCACACCCUGACUACAAGUCCUCUUUAUCCCAUGCAUUUGCUAUCACAGCACUAUUUGGUUUUUACUUCUCUUUUUAUGGAAAAAAAUAUUAUUGUUUUUCCAUUUUCUCAAUUUCCUUUCCUAACAUUCAAAUGGUAUCACUUUGCUGCAAUUAGAUGGAAUGGGUCUCUUCAAUUUGCUGCUCCAUUCCCUGAUCUAGGUGAAUUUUCCUCAGUUGGGAUCAUGUAGGUAAACUGGGAACAGCUUCAUCUUGUAGGGUUGGAAACCUGGAGAUGUUUCUUAGGGUGAGAGAGUACACCUUGCAGGUCACUGAGCCACCCUGAGCACACCUUGUCAAAGCCAAGCCACAGGUGGGCUUGCUUAGGUGGCAUCUGUUUAUCAGCAGGGCAUUUGGAGAUAUGAAGUCUAUCACAAUAUUUGAAAAGCUCAAUAAAGGAACAGAUGGCUAGAUAGGAGAUGAUCUGACUAAUGAAAUGAGGGUUAACACUUCAAGUGAGAAACAGUUUUAAGUGGUUCUUAGCAGUUUUAACUGUAUUUAAUACAAGCCUUGGGGUGUGCAGCAGCUCCAAUGGCUGAUGCUGAAUGGUCCCUAGGCCCAUUUUCCCCACUGCUCCUCUUUCUGGGUGGGCAACCUUUCCUGCCAGGCCUCACUCCACCUUUGGAGCAGAAAGGAGCAGGACAGGAGGAAAAGGUGGCAAAUAUAGUUUCAGAAGACAUCUAUCUCCCAGAAAUGAAAGCAAACUCACAGCAAUUCCCUUUUCCUCAUCUUUAUGUACCUUUUCCUCCCCCCAAAAACCCCAGUCCAGGAUAACCACAGCCAGUCUUUAAUGGUAAUUUCAGCCUGGGAAGGACAGCAACUAGAGGGGCAUGAGGUUGCUUUGCUUUGCAGGAUGAGGGUCGUGGGAGAGGGGCUGCUCCUCCCAUGGUGUUCCAUGAAGAAACCAUUGUAGGAAAUAUCUCCAAGGACCCAGGUAACAUCACCCUUUAUGGCUGAUACCUCUGUGCAUCUCUCUUAGUUCCUGCACUGGGUGGGCUCCAACACAUGCUUGCUGUCCCCAGGCUGUGCCCUUUUUUCAAGCUGUGAUUUUUUAAAUUUGUGAUAGGUUUUUGGUGGGCCUGUCAGCAUCAUACGUUUUCCAGCACUCAGAGGGACACCAUCUGCUCAAAAAGGAGCUGUGAACAAAAUGUCUCAGACACUCAGAGUUUACCAAAAAUGCAAUUGCCUUAAAAUCCCAUAUGGUGCAUUGUUUCCCUUCCAGCAUUGGCUGGCAGCAGAGGUGAAGUGACUAAGGCAGUUUCUGAUUAGUUGCUGCAUUUUCCUUUCUAGCCAAAAUAGCUGGGGCCCAGCACAGUCACUUCUCACCUGUUUGACAGAAGGUUUUCUUCAGCCUCAGCUGCUGAAAGCCACAGGGUACUGGGAUUCAAAGACCUCUCCUCUAUUACUUUUAAAAUGAGCUUCCUUGACUCUUGCUGUCACAAGAAGCCUUGCAGGGAGGGAUGUGGUUAAUCCUGAUAGCUUAAGUAUAUUUUUUCCAGGCACCUGAUUUUUGGGCCUGUCUUGGUGAGAUGGAGGCAACAGCAGCUCCUUGCCCAAGGAAAGCCGUGCCUGGAAGUCACUUGUGGCUCCUACAUGUGGCAGUGCCAUGGGGCAAUGUCAGGUGCAUGCAGAGGGGCAACCUGGCCAAGAUUUUUGGAUUUUGUGGGGUUGCAAAAAAAGCAAAUGCUGCAAGGAAACAUUUAUUAGUCCAGGAUAACAUAAGAUUUGAAAUACCAAAGCAGGAGGAAUGUUAUUUCAGCUCUAAAAAUAGCCCCCUUGGCCUUUAAAGCACCGAGAAGCAUACACAGUACAUGCCUUUCUGUGGGAGCAUCUGUCCUCUCCCUUGGUGAUGCAGCCACUUUGGUAAGGGCUCCGGGGACCUGCUGGUGCAGCACUUGCUCUGAGGAUCAGCACUCUGAGGGGUUUUCAAUCCCUGGGGAUCAGAGACACGAAAUCAAUUCAGAAUGUUGCAUGAGGGCCAAAGCUGCAGGGCAAAGGAGUGUUGCUUGCUACAAGGGCAGCCUACGAAAUACUGAUAAACUGCUGAUGUAUAACUCAGCUCGGUUCUGGGGUCUGACAUGGAUUUAGGCAUCUGUCUGUUUUGUGUUGGUUCAUAAGUGAUGGCACCAGGACAAAAUUUUGACUAAGUGCUACCUAAUAUGGAUUUUAGGAAAACAAACAAGACUGUCGCUGAAUAACAUCAGUCAUCCUGACAGAGAGAGAUGGGAGGAAGAGGAAAAAGAAGUGGUAGCAUUCACAUUGACUUAAUCCCAUAAAGAUCAGACAGCGAAGCGACCCUUCCACCCCAGGAAACUAUCCCAAAUGGUUAUCACCGAGUUGUUUUGCUGGGAAUGUUCCUUGUCAAAAUUCCAUCCACAGGGAUACUUCACAGAGAUCACAAAGCCCACCACCCAGUAGGAAAGGGAAAAGGGGUGAAAGAGGCUCUUCCUGGGGUCUCUUGCAGCUGAGUGGCUGCUCCCUUGAGGCCUUUCCAAACAGCCAGCCGGACUUCAGCGCUCCCCGGGAGGGCUGCGAACACGCGGGGCUUGUGAGGCGAGCGCUGCCCGGCGCCCCCGGGCGCUCGGAGCAGAGGGCGCGCCCGGAGCCGCAGGCCGGGCAGGUGCUCCUGCUCUGGAAGGGCGGGCAGGGAAGAAGGCGGAGCAGGGAUCCUUUGGCACGGCCGCACCGGGGACAGCCCGCAGGCAGCGGCACGGCCGCGGCACCGGCACACGGGCCCGAGGGGUGCCCUGAGGGCCGGGGGGGCUGUGGCCGCCUCCCGGCAGCCCAAGCCCGGCGGUCAGAGGGACACACAGGCCCGCCGUGCUCCAGAGCCCCCGGGGGCCGCGGCGGCCGCGGGCCCGCCCGUCCGGGGCGGGGCUCGGCGGGGCGGGGGCUCGGACCGAGCCCGGACGCCGGAGUCGGAGCCGGAGUCGUCCGCAGGUGUGCAGGUCUCAACAGAGUCCAAAGACAAUCCCUGUGCCAGAGGGGGCCACUUCAGUGGGAUGACGAGAGCCAAGUCAUGGGUACUGCACAUCCAUUCCUUGAAGCUCACCCUCUGGUCCAUCACCUCGUUGCUGCUCCUCUGGGGCUUUGGUGGUUAAUACCUAAAGAGGAGGACCUCUUUCUGUGGAGGAGGUGUAAGUCCUCAGGCUGAAGAGGUUGGUGAGGGAAAACUGUCCUGAGAAACAGUGUGCUCUGCCACAGUCCCUAACAGCUCACAGGCCUUGGGUGUUUUCCCCAGGACGAGUUGCAUUUACCAAAGGAAGUGCUGCUCUGGGGACAGUAUACAUCUCUCCAAAAGGGUAAAGCUGCAAAGUGCAGUGAAGAAAGGAGCUUAUGCGUCCAAAAGGAGUGUGGUCUGGAAGCGGGGUGUGCCUGGUUCGUGCAGCGCCAAAUGCAAGACAGGCAGACACAGCCCACAGGAGUUGAGAGUCGGCGUCUCUGGCUGUAAAACAGCAGCUCAGCACUGGUUGCUAAAUGGCCUCAGGUAUGGAUGGGAAGAAAUGCAGCGUUUGGAUGUUUUUACCUCUUGUCUUUACCCUGUUUACAUCAGCUGGAUUAUGGAUAGUGUACUUUAUAGCAGUGGAAGAUAACAAAAUUCUCCCACUAAGCGUACCAGAUAGGAAACCUGGUCCCAAAAGACCGCCUUAUAUAAGUAUUGCAGGUGAUGCACCUCCUGCAAGCUGUGUGUUUAGUCAAGUCAUGAACAUGGCAGCAUUUCUAGCACUUGUUGUGGCUGUCCUGCGCUUCAUUCAGCUGAAGCCAAAGGUGCUCACCCCUUGGCUGAACAUCAGCGGCUUGGUGGCUCUGUGCUUGGCCUCUUUUGGGAUGACCCUACUCGGCAACUUUCAGCUCUCCAAUGAUGAGGAGAUCCACAACGUGGGCACAUCACUGACCUUUGGCUUUGGGACACUGGCAUGCUGGAUCCAAUCUGCCCUUACCCUCAAGAUCAACCUGAAGAAUGAGGGGCGCAAAGCUGGGAUUCCACGAGUGGCACUCUCAGCCAGCAUCACCCUCUGUGUGGUGCUCUAUUUCAUCCUUAUGGCCCAGGGCAUUCACAUGCAUGCUUCCAGGAUCCAGUGGGGCCUAGUGAUGUGCUUCCUGUGCUACUUUGGCACCUUUGCAGUGGAGUUCAGGCAUUACAGAUUUGAGAUAAUUUGUUCUGAGUACCAGGAAAACUUUCUGAGCUUUUCUGAAAGCUUAUCAGAAGCCUCUGAGUACCAGACAGAUCAGGUGUAGCCUGUCCUCUGGCAGGGGGGGAGGGGGGCAGGUGUGGUCUCAUGGGUGAAACAUGACCUCAUUCACACUUUUUUUAUGAGUUUCUUUUCAUGUGCAAUCAUGAUGGCAUUGCCAAAGGGCUCUGAGGGUGGCUGUUUCACUAAGAGCCAAACAGAGGUGUCUGCUGGAAGAGGAGUGGAUCCAUCUCAGCAGCAACGUGAGAGAGCACGAGCUGCUUAGUUUGUGCCACCCAGUGACUCUUUCUGAGUGGCUCUGUCACACUUCUGUUGCUCAAAACAUUCAGCAGCCUGUCCUUGUGAUGCCCCUCGGAGGCUGGUCCUGCUCAGCCCACCCUGCAGGGAAGGAGGUGAAGGAAGCAGACUUCUCCUAACAGCAAGAGUCUUCAGGAGCCACCUGUUCCCGAGUCACCAGACUGCAUCUUCCGUGUGUUUCCUGGGUUGUUUUCUUUGCUGCCAGCUGGGGGAGCUUGGUAAGGGGAGCAAGAGCAGCUAUUUCUUCAGAACCUGGAAUCAGACACAGAAGACCCCAGUGGAGUGGCUUUUAUGGCAAGCAGGCAGGCCUUUCUUUCAGCCUGGAAAGUGGCCGACGGUAAAUCCGUGUUUGGAAGGAACUGUGCUGUGAUCAGGAAGUGGGACUUGGCUGGUGCUGCCUUGUAGCCAGGCAGAUCAUCCCCAGGCCAGAGGGGUGACACAGUGGGAUGCUGUGCUUGGCUUCCUGGUGGGCACUGGUGGGAGUGAGGUGCUGAAUUGAGAUGAGAACAUCUGUGUGUUCUGAAGGCGACCCAGAAGAGGCUCCUUCUUCCAUGUGUAGUGCUUCCACCACACAUUGUGUAUAGUAUUGCAAAAGCUUUUUUAAUUUUUUUUUAUGUUCACUGAGGGGGAAAACAUUGUUAGAGACACCAGGCUCAUCUGCCAUGAGAACAGUACCAGUGCUUCUGGGCACAGGGUUUGGUUUUGUUCCUUGUGCAAGCCAAACUUCAGCCAUGCUGGUUUGGGCUCUGGGCCCCUCUGUGUGGCCAGCUAUCCUGAGUGGAGCCUGCUGCAGGUUUAAAUGGGCUUCCAAGGUGCCAGGAGGGAGUUCUGGCACAGAGGCUGGCUGAUCUGCCUGAGGGCUGGAGGUGUGAAAAGGGAACAGCAAAACCAGAUGGGCUUCUCCCUCCCUAAAGGGAGGUUUUCAAACAGGUCUGUUUUCAAAGGAGCUCAAAACCUGAUUUUGGGAAGGCUGCUGUAUUGCCUGGGUAGGGGAGUGAUGGGAGUUGCUUCUCAUGAACAUGGCUCCUAUUUUCCUCCAUAAACCAGGCUCAGCUUAGUUGUACAUCUUGUCUGAGCUGCAGGAAAACAAGCAGAAAUUAAAAUGGUAGGAAAAGGCACUUGAAGGGGAGCUCGUACUGCUCUGGCAUUUCUGACAGAGAGGGAAAAGGCAAAAGGGCAUUUAGUCUUUUGCAAAGGUCACAGGCCUCUCCUGAGAGGAGAAGCAGUUGAGACAAACUCUGUGUUAAGUAGAAAGCUUUCAGCCAGCCCUUUAUUUUCUGUGCACCAAAACUUGUUCUCAGGCAGCUGUUACAAAUCCAGAGGAUUUUUGGCCAACAGAGGGUUGUUGUGGAUUGCUGAAGGCUUCGUCCUUGUAGCAGUCAUGAGUGGAAAGCUUUCCCAGAAGGAUGUGCUGAGAGUGGCCAAGGACACAGCAGUGUGAGGGUGCCAGCUCCCAAGAGGCUCAUCCAGGGAUCUCCUCCUGGGCAAGGACAGGAGGGUACAGUCUGGAGAACAUACAGGUGGGAUCCUCUUGCACUGGUACACACUCAAUCCAUAUGGAGCACAAAAUAGCAAUUUGUUGUAAGGGUGUUUUACUGUAAAUAGUCCACUGUGUCUUUUUUCCCCUAAUUAAUUAAUGCUUUCAGGUUUUUAUUUUAGCUUUUGUAAUUUUAUCAAAGAAAAAAAAUAUAUGAUGAUGUGGUUA